AUGGUGUUCAAGCCUAUGAGCUGGGUACCCCAGCUUCCCGAAGUCCCAGAUACCGUCCCGAUAUGCGAAUUUAUGCUGGAUGAGAAACACGGGCGGCUGCCUUUCGCUGAGUCCAAGGCCGCCUACACCUGCGGUCUGACAGGGAAGUCCAUCUCGGCGUCACAGCAGAAAAAAGAUGUGGACAGCCUAUCUCGCGCAUUGGCGAAGGAAUUUGGCUGGAAGGUCAAUGCCGGCACGGAAUAUGACAAGGUGGCCGGUGUAUUUGCGCUAAACACAAUCGAUAUCAUGACCUUGAAUUGGGCGAUCCACAGACUCAACGGCAUAUCGUCUCCCGCGAACGCAGCCUACAACGCCGACGAGCUACGGCAUCAAUUGACCAAUUCUGGCGCCCAAGUCCUCUUUACCGUCAUGCCUUUGCUGCAAACCGCCCUAGCCGCUGCGGCCAAAUCAAACAUUCCAAAGCACAGAGUCUACAUCUGCGAGAUGCCGAACGAUCCUCCUAUCCCCAAGGAAUUCAAGACCCUGACACAGUUGAUCAAAGAAGGCGAGUCCUUGCCCGACCUCGAACCAAUAAAAUGGGAGAAGGGCCAAGGCGCAAGGCAAACCGCUUUUCUGUGCUACUCGAGCGGCACUUCUGGACUACCGAAAGGAGUCAUGAUUUCCCACCGAAACGUCAUCGCCAACACGCUCCAGAUCUCUCUGUACGACAAGCCGUCACGCGAGGCACAUGGGCCAGGGUAUCGCGAGGUUGCGCUUGGUCUGCUGCCUCAGUCGCAUAUCUACGCCUUGAUUGUGAUUUGCCAUGCCUCGACGUACCAGGGGGAUCAAGUCGUCAUCCUGCCUAGAUUCGAUCUGAACAACUACCUAUCGGCCAUUCAGAACUACAAGAUCAACACCCUGUACAUCGUGCCCCCGAUCAUCAUCGCCAUGGUCAAGAACAGGGAUUUGACCAAGAAAUUCGACCUUUCCAGUGUAACGUCCAUCUUCACCGGCGCGGCUCCACUAGGCAAGGAAACGGCCGAGGAGCUGGCAUCCCAGUUUCCAUCCUGGAAGAUUCGACAGGGAUACGGCCUGACCGAGACGUGUACUGUUGUGUGCUCAUCAUCUCCCAGGGAUAUCUGGUUCGGUUCCUCGGGCUGCCUGAUCCCCGGGUACGAGGCGAAAGUGAUGAGCAUCGAGGGCAAUGAAAUCACCGGCUACAACCAACCCGGUGAAUUGCUUGUCAAGUCGCCCAGUGUUGUGCUAGGGUAUCUGAAGAACGAGAAGGCCACGCAGGAGACUUUCGUGGAUAUGGCCGAGGGGCGGUUCAUGCGGACUGGUGAUGAGGUCGAGUUCCGCGUGUCUCCGAAUGGCAAUGAGCACAUCUGGGUUGUGGAUCGCAUAAAGGAAUUGAUCAAAGUCAAGGGACUGCAAGUUGCGCCUGCCGAGCUCGAGGCGUGUCUGCUCAAUCACCCCUCCGUGGCUGAUUGCGCCGUGGUCCCCGUCCAGGACGACCGUGCGGGCGAAGUCCCCAAGGCGUUUGUUGUCAAGUCGAAAUCCGUAGGUCUGGAGGAGAACGACGCCCUGAUCAAGCGGGAUAUCAUGAAAUAUGUCGAGAAGGAGAAGGCACGGCACAAAUGGCUCGCUGGUGGCGUCGAAUUCAUUGAUAUUAUCCCCAAGAGUCCCAGUGGGAAGAUUCUGCGACGGCUGCUGAGGGACAAGGAAAGGGAGGCAAGAAGGAAGGCAUCAGCUAAGCUAUGA